GUUUUGGCCGGUCGGCACUUUCAGCUAAACACAGAACUCUCUUUCACCCUCUGCCACCGAGGUAUCAUAUCUUUCAGUCACCAUGGGUAAGACUCGUGGAUUGGGAGCUGGUCGUAAGCUGAAGUCUCACCGCAGAAGGCAGAGGUGGGCUGAUAAGGCUUACAAGAAAUCCCAUCUUGGGAACGAAUGGAAAAAACCAUUCGCGGGUUCAUCUCACGCAAAAGGCAUUGUUUUGGAAAAGAUUGGCAUUGAGGCUAAGCAGCCAAACUCUGCUAUUAGAAAGUGUGCUCGUGUUCAGCUGAUCAAAAACGGGAAGAAGAUUGCUGCUUUUGUUCCUAAUGAUGGUUGCUUAAAUUACAUUGAGGAAAAUGAUGAAGUCUUGAUUGCCGGAUUUGGUCGAAAGGGACACGCUGUGGGAGAUAUUCCUGGAGUCAGGUUCAAGGUUGUGAAGGUAUCUGGAGUAUCUCUCUUGGCUCUUUUUAAAGAGAAAAAGGAAAAGCCGAGGUCUUAGAUAUUUGCUUUGGGAGCUGAUUUACGCUUUAUAUAACCAGCUAUUCGGCUUUUGUGUUUCGAUUAGAUGAUAGUUGUUGAACCAUCUGAGCAUUUUGGCAAUAGUUUGUAUUUGUACCUUUGAACUUGGAUCUAUUCAAGCAAAAUGAAAUUUUGGAAAUGUAGAACAACUAUGAUUUUUGAUUCCAUAAUAUGCCCAAAGCGAAUAUUCUAUUGA